AUGCAAUUAGUUAAUUUCAUUAAAUUUGCACUAUUGUGUGUAAUUCUACCUACUCAGGUGCUUGGUUUCUACUAUUAUGGUAAUACAGGUGAUAGAAAAUGUUUUAUCAAGGAAUUAUCUAAAGGUACUUUAUUAGAAGGUAAAUAUGCAGUUCAAACAUUCGAUGAGGAAUUGAAAUCAUAUAGAGAUGCUGAUUCUAAGAAUGUUGGUAUCGUUGUUGAUAUUGAAGAAAUAUUCGAUGAUAACCAUAGAGUUGUUCAUCAAAAGAACGCACCAGUAGGUGACUUCACUUUUAUUGCAUUAGAUUCUGGUGAACAUAGAAUUUGUUUAGAAACUACUGAUAGUUCAUGGGUUGGUAAAACAAAAGCUAAGGUCUCUAUUGAUUUCAGUAUUGGUAGUGAUUCGAAAUUCGAUUCUAAGAAGAAGAAAACUGUGAAGUCGUUACAUCAAAAAGUAAACUACUUGAAUAUGAAGGUCGAUGAUAUCAGAAGAGAACAAGCUUUAGUAAGAGAACGUGAAUAUAAAUUCAGAGAUAUCUCAGAAUCCGUUAACUCAAAAGCUAUGUGGUGGACUAUCUUACAAUUAUGCGGUUUGAUUGGUAUCUGUGUUUGGCAAAUGAAAAGUUUACGUUCAUUCUUCGUUAAACAAAAGGUUUUAUAA